AUGGGCUUCGAUGAAGGUAGAAUUGUCUUGGACAGUCCGAAUGGAGCUUAUUAUCCUGGACAGACAAUCCAUGGGAAACUAAUAUUUGACCAAGAUAAAGAGAAAAAUUUUCGCGGUAUAUAUGUGAAAUUUAAAGGAUUUUGCAAAGUACAUUGGACCACACAGCAGUCAUAUUCAGAUAGUAGAGGUAAACGACACACUCGUACUAUCAAUCAUGAAUCUUAUGAAGAAUAUGCUAAUGUAAAAACAUACUUAGUUGGUGGAGAAUCAGGAGACCAUAAAAUUGAUCCAGGCCACUAUGAAUAUCCAUUCACAUUCGUUCUUCCACAAAACUGUCCUUCAUCCUUUGAAGGCUCGUACGGCCAUAUUAGAUAUCACGUAAAAGUGGUAGUUGAUCGAGCAUUCAAAUUCGAUCAAGAGAAGAAAGCUGCAAUCCGCGUGUUUAAUGUUGUGGAUCUGAAUAAAGAUCCUUCUUGUAGGGAACCUAUAGAAAUGGAUUUCAAUGCGACAUACAGUUGUUGUUGUAUGGGCUCGGGUGCGACUGACACAGUGGUAAACGUGCCCGUGUCAGGAUUUUGUUCCGGGCAGGUCAUACCUAUAGAAGUCUCUUGCAGCAACAAGGGGUCAGUGGAAGUUGAUGACAUCAAAAUUUCUUUAGUGAAGAAAAUUAGAUUCAUAGCCACGGUAAAUCCAGGUGAAAGAUUUGACAAAGAUACUGUUGCCAAAAUAACGAAAGGCCCCAUACCGGUCAACACGCAACGUAACUACACCGUCGAGAUGGAGAUACCCGCGUUGGACGUGUACGAUGUAAACAACUGUAGAUACAUCGAUAUAUCUUAUAAAUUAAAGGUUGUUGUCAGUCCAUCCGGAUGUCAUAGUGAUUCUGAUGGCUCUGGAAGGAUUGUGAUUGGUAGCAUUCCUUUAGUGGGUUUCCAAGAUAACAUACAGAACCCAUUACAAGACCAAAUGCCGCAACAAGUAGCGGCAGUUACACAACAACCUUUACCCUCUUAUCCUGGGAACUCCUCUUACCCCGCUGGAAACACGCCUUAUCCCGGUUCUGGUCCAUAUCCCGGUUCUAGUCCAUAUCCCGGUUCUAGCCCAUAUCCAUCAAAUGAUCCAUCAAAAUCCCCAUACCCUUCUCGAAACUCUCCUUAUCCCUCUAAUGAUACUAAAGCACCAUACCCCGUUGAAAAUGUGCCACUUAUUGAUAACCCUCCGCCAUAUCCUGGCAAUACGAUUUCAGAAAACGCCCCAUACCCAACUACUCAUACUAAUUCCCCUUAUCCGACUGGAAAUCCAUCAUUCCCAGCACAAGCUUUACCUUACCCAACAGGAAAUUCACCAUAUCCGACUGGAAACUUGCCUUAUCCGGCCGGUAAUUCGCCGUAUCCGCCCACAAACCCGCCUUAUCCGACUGGAACUUCACCUUAUCCGACUGGAACUUCACCUUAUCCGACUGGAAUUACAUCUAUACCUGGGGUGGCCGUCUUGAAAACUGGCAAUAUAGGGUUUACAAUCCCAGGAAAUACCAAUGUGAAUGUACCAAAUGUGCCUCCUGGAACUAAUGUGCCUGGCGUUCCCGCGAACCCGUACGCGGCGGCCAGCGCGCCGGCGCCCGACUCGCCGGACACCGAUAAGAAAGAA